GAUUGCCACCAUUUAUAUUUCGGAGAGCAACGCAGACAGACGGGCGCGUUUCGUUUCAUUUCGCGUGUGCGAGUGAGUGAAUUUUGUAUCGUUCGAUUUGUUUUAAAAUCGAAAAACAGCCGACUACAACGUACGCGAAAUUAUAUUCGUUUAUUAAAAAUAUUUCGCAAGCAAUGUGCUGUAUUGCGUCAACCAAGUGAAAUUGAAGUCAGCACAAAGAUCCGCAAACAAAAAAUAAAUAAAUAAGUUUACUCGCACUUACACACACACACACACAGAGAAACGAGCGAACACAACUAAAAGGAAAGACAAUGAAAAUGCCAAUCGUGAGCUAAAGUCAAAUAACAGUUAGUAAAGUGAAUAAAUAGCAAAAACUGUGAUAAUUGUAAGCUAGCAAGCAGUGCAUAAAUAACAUUUGGAACCCCAACAACAAACAAAGAACAACAAACAACAAAAUGGUUAGCAACAGCAACAAUACGAGUGGACUGGAAACCAACAAAGUAGUCAGCGGUCUCCUAACAGCACUAGCGACGUCUUCUGAAAACAGCAGCAACACCAAUACCGGCAGCAGCAACAGCAACAUCGACGCAUCGUCGGCUUCGAGAGCAGCUGGUAGAGAACAGCGAGUGACGCCCGCAUUGACUGUGUUUACAUCAGCUACGUCCAGUCCCUCCCCAAUUGCUAUAUCCACGCCCACAAAAGAGGCGCAAAUGCUGCAGACACUUAGGGAGAAGCUGCUCCGUACGCCCGGCAGCGUCCGCGAAUUACACGCUUUGAGCUUUGCGGAACAAACAAACAUCAAUGGUAGCAUUAACGCCUUUGGACUGAGCGGGGAACAGCCUGUUAGGGUGAUCAAGAACCGCUAUGUGAUCAGCGCCCAGCCUAAUCACAUCUCAGCCGCGGCAGCGGCCAAAACACCCGCCUCUUAUCGCCAUCUGAUCGAUCUGACAUCCUCGAAUCUGCAAUGCAUGGACGUGUACAAUGGCAAGCAGUAUCCCUGCAAGAUUAUCAACGAGCCGCUCGAUAAGGUGCAACGCGCCUACUUUCAGCUGGAACAGGACGAAGAGCUCUGUCGCAGCACCAUCUAUGGCCAUAAGCUGAUUCGUGAUGCCCACGAUUUGGUGCCUCUCUCCAAGAAUCGCACCUACAUCAUCAACGCACCCGUCCAGCAUGUCUAUGAAAACCUCCAUACGUACAUCCGACACGAGAAACGUCUCUGCGAGCAGGAGGCACGCGCCAUCUUUCAUCAAAUCGGCCAGACGGUGCAGGUGUGCCAUCGCAACGGAAUCAUCUUGCGUGAUCUCAAGCUGAAGCGCUUCUACUUCAUUGACGAAGCGAGAACUAAACUGCAAUACGAAUCAUUAGAGGGUUCCAUGAUACUCGACGGCGAUGAUGAUACGCUUAGCGACAAGAUCGGCUGCCCUCUGUACACAGCACCGGAGUUGCUUUGUCCGCAGCCCACGUACCAGGGCAAACCGGCGGACAUGUGGUCAUUGGGUGUCAUACUCUACACAAUGCUUGUUGGCCAGUAUCCAUUCUACGAGAAAGCCAACUGCAAUCUGAUAACGGUAAUCAGGCAUGGCAAUGUCCAAAUACCGAUGUCGUUAUCCAAGUCGGUGCGCUGGCUGAUGCUCUCGCUGCUGCGCAAGAAUUUCACCGAGCGGAUGACGGCAACUCAUUUAUUCCUAACGCCCUGGCUGAGGGAGCAGAAACCGUUCCAUUUGUACCUGCCAGUAAAUGUGCAAAUUGCCGACGAUUGGGACGUUGAGGAGGAUCAGGAUAGCCAUGAGAGUAUGGUGGUGGGACACAUGAGUGAAAUCUGCAAGAUGGAUGAUGAUAAGCAGGAGGAUGAGUUUGAUGAUGAUAUUGGCGUGGAGCCGCUAGACUAUACGCACACUACUUUGGAAAUGGCCCAAACGAGCAGCUCUAGCUCCAGCUCCAGCCCUCUGAGCAGUAGUUCAACUGUGAUUGAAGCAGACGCUGACGAGGAUAUGGGCUGACCUAAGCUUGACAAGGAGCCAAACACAAAGCCACUGGAAGCUCGCUCUCUCGUAUUCGCUGGCGUGAGAUCUUGAUUGAAUUCGAGAUUCAAUGCAGUGGACCUCUCUAUGAGGCGCAUUGAUUACCUGCUCUCUGCGACGAUAGCCAGGGCUAAGGCGGCCGCGCUCUUCAUGUCAACAUCCUUUUCGAAGGUGAUGCCCACCUUUGAUACUCGCACUCGUAAAAGACUUUGUAGCCUCGCUCACCUUACACGUACACAAACACAAAUAUUAGAUAAAAAACUCACUGCCUUCCAAACAGAAACGAAUUGUUAGAUCGUUCUCUACUUGAAGAAUCCUUUUAAUUGUAUGCUUCAUAUAUAAGAAUCCGAAUUCGUAUACGAAUCGUCGUAACUGCAA